AUGAUUACGGUGUCAACCUGUGCACACGUGGAUGCUCAGACGGAACAGGAGUUGGUUAAAUCUGUCAUUCUGAGGUACUAUUUCGGAGAGCAUCCGCGCAGCAACAUUGAAGUGUCGCUCCAGGACGCCGUGCGGUUACUAAAUCACGUGCGGUGGCAGCACGACCGCGAAAUCGCCCUCUACUACUUCGGCUACAACAGCGGCCCGGACAGUUCCAGCACGCGGGCGAUGGUUGCGGCGUACGUGAAGCACGCCAACUUCAUCGUGGUGGACUGGUCGCAGGUGACGAACCAACACUACGCGGUGGCGGUGGCGUUGGUGGAGGCGGUGGCCCGCGCCGUGGCGGCGGCGGUGGACGCCAUGGUGAACCAGGGCGCCGACGUGAGCCACGUCAUCGGGCACAGCCUGGGCGCGCACGUGGCGGGGGCGACGGCGCGCUCCGUCCACCGCCGGGUGCAGAACGUGAUCGCGCUGGACCCCGCGGGCCCGCUCUUCUACAGCGAGGCGCUGCCGGGCGAGCAGUGCACGGCGGCGGUGGGGCUCAACGACGCGCGCUGCGUGCUGGCGCUGCACACGUGCAUGGGUGUGCUGGGCGCGCCCGUCGCCACCGGCCACGUGGACUUCUUUCCGGGCGGCGGGCACGCGCCGCAGCCCGGCUGCCGCAUGUGGAACACGAGCCUGCCCAGCUUCGCGUGCAGCCACGAGCGCGCCGUGCAGCUGUGGGCGGAGGCCGUGGUCCGGCCGACCGCCCUCGUCGGGCGGCGCUGCGGGUCCUGGGGGGACUUCGUGGCGGGCAGGUGCAACGCCAACCCCACGGCGCUGCUGGGGAAGUGCAGCAAUUUGACGGGCGACUUCUUCCUGGCAACCAACUUGGAUAUUGUGGCCCUUUCCCUUCCCACAAGGCCCAGCGGUCGGUCUCAAGGUCAUCACUGGUCAAGAGGACAAAAAAGUGGAGGAACUAGAGAAAACGGGGGAAAGAACACAACUACGUUCCUUCCUCUUCGGCGCGCCCAGAACCCCUGUCUCGAAAAUGCAGAAUUAGCGGGAAAAGUUUCACGCGGGCAGUCUCAAGGUGGAGUUGGAAGUGGUAACAGCAAAAUGAGUACAUACGAUAAUAAAGGGCUUCCACUAAGAGUGCAGGAGUCCAUGAAAAAACUGUUAACAUUAAUGGAAAGGACUGGAUACGAAAUUGUCCAAAUAAAUGGACAGAGAUUAUUUGGACCACCGAAACACUGGAAAGGAUCUCCACCUGCGAAAGGAAGUGAAGUUUUUGUUGGAAAGCUGCCUCGAGAGUGUUAUGAAGAUGAACUUGUACCUGUGUUUCAAACAGCUGGGAAAAUUUACCAAAUGAGGCUGAUGAUGGAUUUUUCAGGAACAAAUCGUGGAUAUGCGUUUAUCCAAUACAGUAAGCCGAGUGAAGCGAAAGCCGCGGUUAGUCGUCUAAACGGUUAUCCUAUCCGGCCGAACUGGAAAAUAUUUGUCUCUCACUCUCUCGAUAAUUGUCGUUUGUUUAUGGGUGGCAUUCCUCGUCAUAUUGACCCUUUGGAAAUAGAGGAGGUGUUUUUUGGAACAUUUGAACGUCUUGUUGAUAUAAAACUAUACGUAAAUACCAGGGAUCCUAGCAGAAAUCGUGGAUUCGCAUUUUUGGAAUUUGAAAACCAUCGAUCUGCCGCCAUGGCUAGACGAAAGUGUUAUCCUUGCAAACUGCAUCUGUGGGGACAACCUCUUAGUGUUGAUUGGGCUCUUCCAGAACCUGAAGUGGAAGAAGGCGUUCUAACUAAGGUCAAAAAAUUAUACAUUAGAAACUUGUCUUCUUCAACAUCAGAAGGAGAUAUCAAGACAGCUUUUGAAUGCGACUUCCCACCCGGUACGGUAGAGAAGGGCUUCUCAACAAUGCAAUACUCCUCAGUGAUAAUGCAACAAGCUACACUGCAGCCUGUGUCCAGAACCUUUGCAGUGGUGGGGGGUGCAGAUCUUGGACACCCUCCGUACUCCCCUGAUCACAGUCCUUGCGACUUUGAUCUCAUUCCAAAAAUGAAGACGCUGCUGCAUGGCAACAGGUUGUUAGCUCAAAAGAAGCUUGGCGACAGUAUUAUUGAAGUUUCUUGGGCAAAACCUAAGGACAAAUUAAUUCCAAGGCCACACUUAAAGAAAUAUGAACGCUCAAUAGGCCAUGAUUUAUUGAAAGCUGACAGCAUUCAAGAAAAUAUGAGUGCUUUCUCAAGAAAUUGCACGGUAAUGUUCCAGCCUACUUAUCAGUCUUCUAACAUUCACCAAGGUACAAUUAAUCUUGAAGGCAUAAAUAGCAGCACUUUACCCCAGUAUCCUGCCUUUGAAAAUCCUGGAAUGUAUUCCAAUACUGCGCAAGGACUAUAUUAUGGACCUGCAGCAUCACAACAAAUGCCAUCUGUUGGUGGUCAGAUGGGCAUGUGCACUCCUUUUUAUCAAGGGCAAUCUCUAUAUGUUCCUUAUGAACCAGCAGGUGUUUCUGAAGCCCAGAUAUCAGAGGACUUUGCUCACAAUGGUUAUCCCACUGACGAAACAGGAUGUGGAGCUUCUGUAUAUUGGGAAAACGAGUUGAUGAAUAAUGGUGCCUGUGGGAUCCAACAAGUUGAAAGAAGAGGAGCAGUUUCAAAUCCACAGUAGUCUUAAUUACAUAACAUUGAAUAUUGGAUUUUGCAACUUUUGUUUUAAUUUUGGCUAUUAGUUUGUUCAUUUACAAUUUUAAACAAUACUUUGAAUUGUAUGUAAGAACAUGCAAACAUUAUGUAUUGUACGUAACAACAUCCUACAAAAUUAAAUUUUGUUGCAUAUAAUUAACAUUGUUUCUGUAGAUUUAUAUCAUAAUCUACUGAAACUCUACCAAUUUUGGGAAAUUAACUAAAUUUCAUUAGGAUGUCUUAAUGAAUUUGUUUUUAUUUGAAGGUGAAUUCGAUUUCAAAAUAUUGUAAUACACUGUUCUGUAGGUAUUAUAUGAAUUGUCCUGAAUAUUAAUUUGUCUUGCAUUCUUCAAUGUUUUAAAGAAGUUCAAAUUCUGUAUGGUUUGGUCAUUUUAAUAUUUGUGGUGUAAAUUUAAUCCCCAUGUGCAUAUUUUGUCAUGGAAGAAUUUAUAAAGGACAGUAUAAUCAAGAGAGCAAAUCAUUCUUAAUAAUUAUAGCACUCAUAAUGAAGUUCAAAUUUCUCAUCAUUUAGAUGAUGUAUGCAUUUUUGUAACUAUAGAAUUAUAGUUC